AUGUAUUACCUUUGGCAAAUGAAUAUCAUUAAAACAAGACAAGUUGCAUUGCAACAACUAUCAUGUGACUCAAUAGAUUUUGCACUUGAUUCAUGGCAAGCAGCAGCAUCUGCACACGUAAAAAGAGCAGUUUCCACUAGGGAUUUAUAUUAUAGAUCCAGUUUUACAAAUAGAUGUGAACUUCAACAGCAAAUUUCAGGUGGUGAAGAUAGUGAUUUGGAAGAUGAAUGUUGCAUUAACAACACAUUUCAACAAAUUAACAAUGAAUUUUUAGCAACUCCUACAAAUCACUAUCAUUAUGAAAGUUUAAAUUCAACAUUGUCAGAAUACUCGAGUGAACAACAAUUUCUAUGGCAAAAGCCAAUUCUAAUUCAAGGAAAAGCAGGACGUUGUAAGACGGAGACAUUGAUGUGUUGCAUUAAAGAGCAUGUACGCAGUGGCAAAAAUAUACUUGUGGCAGCACCUACUGGACUUUUGGCUAGUCGAUUUAGAUCUCGCGUGGCUGUUAAUGUUAUAUGUGACACAGUUCAUGCUGCUUUCAAUGUACCAAUUGAUGUGGAAGAAGUACCAACCACAAAUUGGGCAAUAUCAUAUUAUGAUAUCGUCAUUAUUGAUGAAAUUUCACAAAUCUCAGAGAAAAUUUUCGCACACAUAAUGGACACCUUUAAUAGAUUAGUUUACAGGCCUGUUUUGAUUUUGGGUGGCGAUAACUCUCAACAGCAGCCUUUUGAGAAAAAAGAUGGAAUAAUAGUUAAUGUACCAUCACCUUUAUCUAACAGUCAAUUUGUUUCUUCGACAUAUCACUUCAUUUUACAUGGACAACAUCGUGUGGGUGAUGUAGAAUAUCUUCAAUUUUUGGAUCAUAUAAGAAAUUGGCGUCCAAAUCAAGAAAUUCUAAAUAAUAUACAGCAUAACCGUGUCAUAUUUCCACAUGGAAACAUUACACCUACUGAAUUUAUGAAUUCUUUCAUUGAAAACAUGGAUUCAACAAUUCUAACUUUUACAAAUUCAGCUGCAGAUUAUUUAAAUAACUUGGUUGUUACAUCACUUUUUUGCAAUGAAAAUGCAUUAGGUUAUUUUCAUCUGGACAACACGGACGAAGCUUUUCCAAUUUACAAAGGAAUGAAGGUUAUCAUUUCACAAAAUUGCAAUAAAGAAGCAAAUGUUGUAAAUGGGCAAAUGGCUUAUGUUGAAACAUGUCAAAAUCACACUAUUUUCCUCAAAAUGCCAAAUAACAUCAUUGUGCCAGUGUAUCAAGUUACGUCUGAAGUUAAUGGACAACAAAAAGUCUCAUUUCCCUUUCGUAUAGGAUACGCUAUAACUAUAAGCAAAAGCCAAGGACAAACACUUUCAAAAUGUACUAUUUGGUUUGAUAAGGAUAUCAUACCACCUGGUACUGGUUAUGUAGCUUUAUCAAGGGUUCGAAAGUUAAGUGAUGUACUCGUUGUCACACCUUUAAAACCAUCCUUCUUCACACCAGUUGUCUGUAGCUAA